AUGUCUUCAGACUCUGAGAUGGCCGUCUUUGGGGAGGCGGCUCCUUACCUCCGAAAGUCAGAAAAGGAGAGAAUCGAGGCCCAGAACAAACCCUUCGAUGCCAAGUCAUCGGUCUUUGUGGUGCAUGCUAAGGAAUCCUUUGUGAAAGGGACAAUCCAGAGCAAAGAAGGAGGAAAGGUCACUGUCAAGACCGAAGCAGGAGAAACUCUGACCGUGAAGGAAGAUCAAGUCUUCUCCAUGAACCCUCCUAAGUAUGACAAAAUUGAGGACAUGGCCAUGAUGACCCACCUCCAUGAACCCGCUGUGCUGUAUAACCUCAAAGAGCGUUAUGCAGCCUGGAUGAUCUACACCUACUCGGGUCUCUUCUGUGUCACUGUCAACCCCUACAAGUGGCUGCCGGUGUACAACCCAGAGGUGGUGCUGGCCUACCGAGGCAAAAAGCGCCAGGAGGCUCCUCCCCACAUCUUCUCCAUCUCUGACAAUGCCUAUCAGUUCAUGUUAACUGAUCGUGAGAAUCAGUCAAUCCUGAUCACCGGAGAAUCUGGUGCCGGGAAGACUGUGAACACAAAGCGUGUCAUCCAGUACUUUGCAACAAUUGCAGCUAGUGGGGAGAAGAAGAAGGAGGAGCAGUCAGGCAAAAUGCAGGGCACCCUUGAGGACCAAAUCAUCAGUGCCAACCCCCUGCUGGAGGCCUUUGGAAAUGCCAAGACUGUGAGGAAUGACAACUCCUCACGCUUUGGCAAAUUCAUCAGAAUCCACUUUGGGGCCACAGGGAAACUGGCUUCUGCUGACAUUGAAACAUAUCUGCUGGAGAAGUCCAGAGUCACUUUCCAGCUCAAGGCAGAAAGAAGCUACCACAUAUUUUAUCAGAUCAUGUCCAACAAGAAGCCAGAGCUAAUUGACAUGCUCCUCAUUACCACCAACCCAUAUGACUACCACUUUGUGAGUCAAGGUGAGGUCACUGUUCCCAGCAUUGAUGACCAGGAGGAGCUGAUGGCUACAGAUAGUGCCAUUGAUAUCCUGGGCUUCACUGCUGAUGAGAAGACCGCCAUUUACAAGCUGACGGGGGCUGUCAUGCACUAUGGGAACUUGAAGUUCAAGCAGAAACAACGAGAGGAGCAGGCAGAGCCAGAUGGCACGGAAGUGGCUGACAAAGCUGCCUACCUGAUGGGUCUGAACUCAGCCGACAUGCUCAAAGCCAUGUGUUAUCCCCGAGUCAAGGUUGGGAAUGAAUUUGUUACCAAAGGUCAAACUGUGGAACAGGUGAACAAUGCAGUUGGUGCCCUGGCAAAAGCUGUCUAUGAGAAGAUGUUCUUGUGGAUGGUCAUUCGUAUCAACCAGCAACUGGAUACCAAACAACCCAGACAGUACUUCAUUGGUGUCCUGGACAUUGCUGGCUUUGAAAUCUUUGAUUUCAACAGCUUUGAGCAGCUCUGCAUCAACUUCACCAAUGAGAAACUGCAACAGUUCUUCAACCACCACAUGUUUGUACUGGAGCAGGAGGAGUACAAGAAGGAAGGAAUUGAAUGGACUUUCAUUGACUUUGGGAUGGACCUGGCUGCUUGCAUUGAACUCAUUGAGAAGCCCAUGGGCAUCUUCUCCAUCCUGGAAGAGGAGUGCAUGUUCCCCAAGGCAACUGACACCUCUUUCAAGAACAAGCUCUAUGACCAGCAUCUGGGCAAGUCCAGCAACUUCCAGAAGCCCAAGCCUGCCAAAGGCAAGGCUGAGGCUCACUUCUCCCUGGUGCACUAUGCUGGCACAGUGGACUACAACAUCUCUGGCUGGCUUGAGAAGAACAAGGACCCCCUGAAUGAAACUGUCAUUGGCCUAUAUCAGAAAUCACCUGUGAAGACACUGGCCUUACUCUUUGCUACCUAUGGUGGAGAAGCAGAGGGUGGUGGUGGCAAGAAGGGUGGUAAGAAGAAGGGUUCCUCCUUCCAGACAGUCUCAGCUCUUUUCCGGGAGAAUUUGAACAAGCUGAUGACAAAUCUGCGGAGCACUCACCCCCAUUUUGUACGCUGCAUCAUCCCAAAUGAAACAAAAACACCUGGUGCCAUGGAACAUGAGCUGGUGCUGCACCAGCUGCGGUGCAAUGGUGUGCUGGAAGGGAUCAGAAUUUGCAGGAAAGGAUUCCCCAGCAGAGUCCUCUAUGCCGACUUCAAACAGAGGUACAGGGUGCUAAAUGCAAGUGCUAUCCCAGAGGGACAGUUCAUAGAUAGCAAGAAGGCUUCAGAGAAGCUCCUUGGGUCCAUUGAUGUGGAUCACACCCAGUACAGAUUUGGUCAUACUAAGGUGUUCUUCAAAGCUGGGCUAAUAGGUCUUCUGGAGGAGAUGAGAGAUGAGAAGCUAGCAGAGAUUAUGACCAUGACACAGGCCAGGUGCAGGGGCUUCCUGAUGAGAGUGGAGUACCGGAGAAUGGUGGAGAGGAGGGAUUCCAUCUUCUGCAUCCAGUACAAUGUUCGUGCAUUCAUGAACGUCAAGCACUGGCCCUGGAUGAAACUGUUCUUCAAAAUCAAGCCCUUGCUGAAGAGCGCAGAAUCAGAGAAGGAGAUGGCCAACAUGAAACAAGAAUUUGAGAAAACCAAGGAAGAGCUUGCAAAGUCUGAGGCAAAGAGGAAGGAACUGGAGGAGAAAAUGGUCACCUUGCUGCAGGAGAAAAAUGACCUGCAGCUCCAAGUGCAGGCUGUGAGUAUCGCCGUUUAUUUGUCCAUGGGAACAGGAGUUUGCAUGGUCACAUUAUUCUCUGGCAAGCACAGACUUAAAAACAAAACUCCGUUUUGUCUGAGGACAACACACUUAUGUAACUCUUUGAAAAGGGAAGAACUCUCCAAAAUUAUUAAAUACCACCAGAUGCAGCAUGACUUAAGAAACUAAAGCUAAGCUACAUUGUUUAAGCUGACAAAAGAGAAGAAAGCCCUCCAAGAGGCCCACCAGCAGACACUGGAUGACCUGCAGGCAGAAGAGGACAAAGUCAAUACGCUGACCAAAGCUAAAACCAAGCUGGAGCAGCAAGUGGAUGAUCUCGAAGGGUCCCUGGAGCAAGAGAAGAAACUGCGCAUGGACCUUGAGCGAGCCAAGAGGAAACUCGAGGGAGACCUGAAGCUGGCCCAUGACACCAUAAUGGACUUGGAAAACGACAAGCAGCAGCUGGAUGAGAAACUGAAGAAGAAAGACUUUGAAAUCAGCCAGAUCCAGAGCAAGAUCGAGGAUGAGCAAGCCCUGGGCAUGCAAUCGCAGAAGAAGAUCAAGGAGCUGCAGGCCCGUAUUGAGGAACUGGAGGAGGAAAUCGAGGCCGAGCGGACCUCUCGGGCCAAAGCAGAGAAGCAUCGGGCUGACCUCUCCAGGGAGCUAGAGGAGAUCAGUGAGCGCCUGGAAGAAGCAGGGGGGGCCACGGCAGCUCAGAUCGAGAUGAACAAGAAGCGUGAGGCAGAAUUUCAGAAGAUGCGCCGGGACCUUGAAGAGGCCACUCUGCAGCAUGAAGCCACAGCCGCCGCCUUGCGGAAGAAGCAUGCGGACAGCACAGCUGAGCUUGGGGAGCAGAUAGACAACCUUCAGCGUGUCAAGCAGAAGCUGGAGAAGGAGAAGAGUGAGCUGAAGAUGGAGAUUGACGACUUGGCCAGUAACAUGGAGUCUGUCUCCAAAGCCAAGGCAAACCUGGAGAAGAUGUGCCGCACCCUGGAAGACCAGCUAAGUGAGAUUAAGACAAAGGAGGAGCAGAAUCAGCGCAUGAUCAAUGACCUCAAUACACAAAGAGCUCGUCUGCAGACAGAAGCAGGUGAAUAUUCACGCCAGGUGGAGGAAAAAGAUGCAUUGAUUUCUCAGCUGUCUAGAGGCAAGCAGGGAUUUACUCAACAGAUUGAGGAACUGAAGAGACAUCUAGAGGAGGAAAUAAAGGCCAAGAAUGCCCUGGCCCACGCCUUGCAGUCUGCACGCCAUGACUGUGACUUGCUCCGGGAACAAUAUGAAGAGGAGCAGGAAGCCAAGGGUGAGCUGCAGCGUGCCUUGUCCAAGGCCAACAGUGAAGUGGCCCAGUGGAGAACCAAAUACGAAACGGAUGCUAUUCAGCGCACGGAGGAACUGGAGGAGGCCAAGAAGAAGCUGGCACAACGUCUACAAGAUGCAGAGGAACACGUUGAGGCCGUGAACGCCAAAUGCGCUUCCCUGGAAAAGACAAAGCAGCGGCUGCAGAAUGAAGUGGAGGACCUGAUGAUCGACGUGGAAAGAGCAAACGCUGCUUGCGCAGCUCUGGACAAGAAGCAGAAGAACUUUGACAAGAUCCUGGCAGAGUGGAAGCAGAAGUAUGAGGAAACGCAGGCUGAGCUGGAAGCCUCCCAGAAGGAGUCGCGCUCCCUCAGCACGGAGCUGUUUAAGAUGAAGAAUGCCUAUGAGGAGUCCUUGGACCACCUGGAAACGCUGAAGCGUGAGAACAAGAACUUGCAGCAGGAGAUUGCUGACCUCACGGAGCAGAUUGCAGAGGGAGGAAAGGCCAUUCAUGAGCUGGAGAAAGUGAAGAAGCAGGUUGAGCAGGAGAAAUCUGAAAUCCAGGCUGCUCUGGAGGAAGCUGAGGCCUCCCUGGAACAUGAAGAAGGGAAGAUCCUGCGCCUCCAGCUGGAGCUGAACCAGGUGAAGUCUGAGAUUGACCGCAAGAUAGCAGAAAAAGAUGAGGAAAUCGACCAGCUGAAGAGAAACCACCUCAGAAUUGUGGAGUCCAUGCAGAGCACCUUGGAUGCAGAGAUCAGGAGCAGGGAGGAGCUGUCCAAUGUCAACCUCUCCAAAUUCCGCAAGAUCCAGCACGAGCUGGAAGAAGCCGAGGAGCGGGCUGACAUUGCAGAGUCGCAGGUCAACAAGCUCCGAGCCAAGAGCCGGGAGUUUCACAGGAAGAUAGAAGAGGAAGAGUGA